AUGCCGCGCGCGCCCAGGUGCCGGGCGGUGCGCGCCCUGCUGCGGGACCGCUACCGGCAGGUGCUGCCGCUGGCCACCUUCGUGCGGCGCCUGGGGCCCGAGGACCGGCGGCUCGUGCGGCGCGGGGACCCGGUGGCCUUCCGCGCGCUCGUGGCCCAGUGCCUGGUGUGCGUGCCCUGGGAUGCGCAGCCGUCCCCUGCCGCCCCGUCCUUCCGCCAGGUGUCCUGCCUGAAGGAGCUGGUGGCCAGGGUCGUGCAAAGGCUCUGUGAGCGCGGCGCGAGGAACGUGCUGGCCUUCGGCUUCGCGCUGCUGGACGGGGCCCGCGGCGGGCCGCCCGUGGCCUUCACGACCAGCGUGCGCAGCUACCUGCCCAACACGGUGACGGACACGCUGCGCGGCAGCGGCGCGUGGGGGCUGCUGCUGCGCCGCGUGGGUGAUGACGUGCUCACCCACCUGCUGGCGCGCUGCGCACUCUACCUGCUGGUGCCCCCCAGCUGCGCCUACCAGGUGUGCGGGCCGCCGCUCUAUGACCUCUGCACCGCCGCCGCGGCGCGGCCCACGCGACGCGCGGGCGGAACCCGGACUGGCCUCGGACUCACGCGCCAGGCCGGGAAUGGCGGCGACGGGGAGGCCGGGGGAUCACGGGAGCUGCCGGCCAAGGGCGCGAGGCGGCGUCGGGGCGGCGCGGGGGGCCGUCCGCCUCCAGCCAAGAAGCCCAGGCAUGGCCUGGAGCCCGAGCGGGGUACCGAAGGGCAGGCGCCCGGGGCCCACCUGGGCAGGGCGCCUGGGCGGAGCGACAGCGACCCCCACGUGAUGACACCUACCAGAGCCGCUGCGGAAGCCAAGUCUCGGGAGGGCAACGUGCCCAGGACCCGUCGCCCCUUCCCGCUGGUGGGCGGCGAGAGGGGUGUUCGCUCCCCAUCCUGGCGGCCGUCACAUCCCCAGGGCGAGCCCGGUCCCCGAGCGUGGGCUGAGACCAAGCAGUUCCUCUACUGCUCGGGGAGCAAAGAACGGCUGCGCCGCUCCUUCCUGCUCUGUUCCCUGCCUCCCAGCCUGGGGGGGGCCCAGAGGCUCGUGGAGACCAUCUUUCUGGGCUCUGAGCCCCGGCCCCCAGGGGCUCCCCGCAGGAUGCGCCGCCUGCCCCCGCGCUACUGGCGGAUGAGGCCGCUGUUUCGGGAGCUGCUUAAGAACCACGUGCGGUGCCCCUACGGCGCGCUCCUCAGGGCGCACUGCCCACUGCCGGCCUCCACCAGCCCGGCGGGGCCAGGCGAUCAGAAGAGCCCCGGAGUGGGCGCCUGCUCCGGGGAGAGCCCAGCCGCUGUCCCCGAGGGGGACGCGGGCUCGCGACGCCUGGUGCAGCUGCUCCGCCAGCACAGCAGCCCCUGGCAGGUGUACGGCCUCCUGCGGGCCUGCCUUCGCCGGCUGGUGCCCGCCGGCCUCUGGGGCUCCCGACACAACGAGCGCCGCUUCUUGAGGAAUGUGAAGAAGCUCGUCUCCCUGGGGAAGCACGGCAAGCUCUCACCGCAGGAGCUGACCUGGAAGAUGAAGGUGCAGGACUGCGCCUGGCUGCGCGGGAGCCCAGGGGCUCGCUGCAUCCCGGCCGCCGAGCACCGUCUGCGCGAGGCCGUCCUGGCCAGGUUCCUGUGCUGGCUGAUGGGCGCGUACGUGGUCGAGCUGCUCAGGGCAUUCUUCUAUGUCACGGAGACCACGUUCCAGAAGAACCGGCUCUUCUUCUUCCGGAAGCGCGUCUGGAGCCAGCUGCAGAGCAUUGGCAUCAGACAACACUUAGAGCGCGUGCAGCUCCGAGAACUAUCUGAGGCAGAUGUCAGGCGACACCAGGAGGCCAGGCCGGCUCUGCCGACGUCCAAGCUCCGCUUCGUCCCCAAGCCCAGCGGGCUGCGGCCCAUCGUGAACAUGGGUGACGUCGUGGGAGCCGGGAAGUCGCACAGAGACAGGAAGGUCCAGCAUCUCACCUCCCAGGUCAAGACCCUGUUCGCUGUGCUGAACUACGAGCGGCUGAGGCGCCCCGGCCUUCUAGGGGCCUCCGUGCUGGGCAUGGACGACAUUUACAGGGCCUGGCAGGCCUUCGUGCUGCCCCUGCGGGCCCAGGGCCCGGUGCCCCCGCUCUACUUCGUCAAGGUGGACGUGGCGGGGGCGUACGACGCCCUCCCCCAGGACAGGCUGGCGGAGGUGAUAGCCAACGUGAUCCGGCCCCACGAGAACUCGUACUGCGUGCGCCAGUACGCCGUGGUCCAGAGGACUGCCCGCGGACACGUGCGGAAGUCCUUCAAGAGACACGUGUCCACCUUCACGGACCUCCAGCCUUACAUGAGACAGUUCGUGGAGCACCUGCAGGCGACCGGCUUGCUGAGGGACGCCGUGGUCAUCGAGCAGAGCUGCUCCCUGAACGAGGCCGGCGGCAGCCUCUUCAAGCUCUUCCUGCGCCUGGUCCACAACCACGUGGUCAGGAUCGGGGGCAGGUCCUACGUCCAGUGUCAGGGGGUCCCUCAGGGCUCCAUUCUGUCCACCCUGCUCUGCAGCUUCUGCUACGGAGACAUGGAGAACGAGCUCUUCCCCGGAAUCCAGCGGGAUGGGGUGCUCCUGCGCUUGGUCGACGACUUCCUGCUGGUCACCCCUCACCUGACACGAGCCAGAGCCUUUCUCAGGACCCUGGUCCGCGGUGUGCCCGAGUAUGGCUGCCUGGCAAACCUGCAGAAGACGGUGGUGAACUUCCCCGUGGAGGACGGUGGCCUGGGCGGUGCGGCCCCCCUGCAGCUGCCGGCGCACUGCCUGUUCCCCUGGUGCGGCUUGCUGCUGGACACCCGCACCCUGGAGGUGCGCUGCGACCACUCCAGUUACGCCGGGACCUCGAUCCGAGCGAGUCUCACCUUCAACCAGGGCUUCAAGGCUGGGAGGAACAUGCGUCGCAAGCUCUUGGCGGUCUUGCGGCUGAAGUGCCAUGGGCUCUUCCUGGACCUGCAGGUGAACAGUCUUGAGACAGUUUUCACAAAUGUUUACAAGACAUUCCUGCUGCAGGCCUACAGGUUCCACGCGUGCGUGCUGCAGCUCCCGUUUCAGCAGCCAGUCAGGAGGAACCCCUCGUUUUUCCUCCGGGUCAUCUCUGACAUCUCGUCCCGCUGCUACGCCCUCCUGAGAGCCAGGAAUGCAGGGAUGUCACUGGGGGCCAAGGGCGCCUCCGGCCCGUUUCCUUCCGAGGCCGCGCAGUGGCUCUGCCUGCACGCCUUUCUGCUCAAGCUGGCUCGUCACCGCGUCACCUACAGCUGUCUUCUGGGGGCGCUGCGGUCAGCCAGAGCCCGACUGUGCCGGCGGCUCCCCAGGGCCACUCUGGCCGCCCUGGAGGCAGCAGCCGACCCGGCCCUGACCGCGGACUUUAAGACCAUCUUGGACUGACGGCCAGCCCUGCGGGAGGGGGCCAGCUCCACAGCGAGGCCUGGGCCCUCCCCCGAGACCCCGGGAGGGGUCGGCCCCCAAGUCCUCAGGGAAGCAGGGCCCACGCGCCGUGGCCUUCUCAUGACGGGGUCCGUCUUCCAGCUGUUGACCACCGGGAAGAGGCAGGUGGGAGAGCCGGGCAUCGGGCGUCAGGCGUCUGGACGGGGCGGGGGGGACCUUUGUCACCCCCUUCCCCUCGCUGCAGGGGCUGCCCCGGUCUGGAGCGAUGGCACAUGUGUCCCCGAGGGCACGGGGCGGCACGUGGGGCUGAGUGGUGGGCGUGGGCUCCUUCCUGCUGACCUGGUGCAGUCAGUGCCCAGCUCAGCCGUUCACACCCACCUCGGGAGCAGUGCCUGCCCCGGGCGCCUCCGCCGGCUGCAUCCACGGUUCACGCCCCAUGGUGCUUUCCGCAGAAGCGAAGGGCCCAGUCAGCUGUUUGAGGCCCGGUUCCUCCCGGCCCCGCCCUUGCUUCUGACCUCGCCUGUCCCUAAGCUCUGGACCCUUCCCGGCCGGUCCCCUCUCAGCACACGGCCCGGGUCAUCCUGACUGCGCUCCUGCACCGCCUCCUGCCCCCCCCCGCCCUGC